AUGCCUGGCCGAAUCCUCGGCCUAGAUUUCGGACGCAAUUCUUCCACUCACAACCUCGACCAAAGCAUUCCAUCUGCCACAUCUAACCAGACCAAAUCGGGAGAGCGUCCUUUAGAAAGCAGACGACCAAGUAUGGAUAAGCUCGUGAAGCGCCCGGGAGCACUGCUCCAGCUGGGCAAGAAGCACAGCUCUGAGAGCAAGUCCAAGUCCAAGGAUCGAUCUGGUUCGAGGGACAAACAUGCUAGUGAGCAUAGAGUACCGCUGAAGCCAGCUCCGGUGAAGUUGAAUCUACACAUGGAGUCACCUCCGGCCCUCAUGCUGGAUCCUCCGAGCCAGUCUUCCGGUGUCAUUGUUUCUGGCCAGCUACACAUCACACCAAACACUUCCGAAGUGACACUGGAGAGCUGCAAGCUGUUCUUGGAAAAGACGACGACGACUAAGAGACCCAUUCAGGACAAAUGCCGCGAUUGCAUUACCCAGAUUGUGGAUAUCGCCGAGUGGGACUUCUUCAAGAAGCCAAAGACUUUCAAGGAGUCUGCCGGAAAGCAGAGCAUACCAUUCUCGCAUCGCUUGCCCGGCAACAUCCCAGCGACGACACAGGGCCAGCUUGGCAGCGUUGAGUAUAGCCUGCACUGUCGCGCCAGGACGACAAGUGGCGAGGAGUGCGAGUAUCGUCACGAGCUGCUCAUCACUCGGGCUAUUCGACCAGGACCGGACAAAACCAGCGUUCGCAUCUUCCCGCCGACGAACUUGACAUUGCACGUCAUCUUACCGAAUAUUGUUCACCCAAUUGGAGAGUUCCCGGUGCAAUGUCGCAUGACUGGCAUCACCACGAAACGAGACGAUACACAAACGCGCUGGCGACUUCGAAAGCUGACAUGGCGAGUCGAGGAGCACGAGACCAUGAUAUCCCCUCCCUGUGCUGAGCACGUUAGCAACGUCGGCGAAGGCAAAGCCAUGAAGUACGAGAACACCCGCCACAUCGGCAUGGACGAGCUCAAGCAAGGCUGGAAGACCGACUUCAGCGAAGGCCAAGUCGACGGCGAGUUCAUGGCUCACAUCAACCCCACCGCCAAGCCGAACUGUGGGAUGGACACUGGCAGUGGCUUUAAGAUUGCCCAUAACCUGGUCCUCGAACUCGUCAUCGCCGAAGAAUGGGCCCCCAACAAGAAGCCUGAAAACGCCACCUAUACUGGCGCUGCGCGUGUGCUCAGGACUCAGUUCGCCCUGAACGUCACGCAGCGUGCUGGCAUGGGGAUUGGCUGGGACGAGGAGCAGCCGCCGAUGUACGACGAUGUGCCUGCUUCGCCGCCGCAUUACCAGAACGAUCAUACCUCGAUUCUGAACUACGAGGGUGAAGAUCUCCACAACGACAUCGAGCGCCUCAACUUGGACGGCGACGAGACACCGAAUAGUUCUGGUGGUACAAUCACAGAUCUGCCAGAGUCGCUGCCGCCGAGCUACAGUACGACGGGAGGAUUCUCGGAUCCCAAUUUCACGAUGCCGAGCUCGUCGAGGGCGCCGCCAGCUUCCAGCUCCGCCAUGGCAAGUUCCUCGAGAUAUGCACCAUCUCCAGCCACCACAACUCCAGUAGCCGCCAGCUCCUCACGAGACGCGACUCCAACCCCAAGCACCAUCUCGACCCCCAUCUCCAGCGCGGCCCCAUCAAGAUCGCAAUCGACGGUGGACGAGGAUGAGUUGACGGCGCUGCUGGAUCGGUCGCGGCAACGACAUGGGUAG